UGUAAUCGCGGACAAGUGACUGUCGCGGUUUAGCACAUUCUCCAACAAUCAGUCAAAGCAACGGACGGAGAGCAGCGGGCGGACGGUGUUACGGAUUACGAAAUAAACCGUGGACAGUACAAAACAUUUCUUCUGCCGCCGUGCGUCCAGCCUGCUUGCAAAGAUUCCUGUCCUGCAGACUGAUGAAAUAUCUUCCAGCGGGUUGCAUCCGACUGAACCUGGGCUCACACAACAAAAACAAUCUGCCCAUGGAGCUUCUGUUAGCAGUUAAAACACCAGUGAUAAAUUGUAAACAUGUCCAGUGAGGUGCAACCAAGGCCGGAUGACAGUCCCAACACCAGUGGCGGAAGCUCAGAUGCUGAACAGAGAGAGGCGGCUCCUCCAGAGCAGCAAGGCCCCGAGCAGCGAGAUCAGGCCCAGCCCAAGAAGAAAGAGGCCAAAAUCUCCAGCAAAACUGCUGCCAAGCUGUCCACCAGUGCUAAGAGAAUCCAGAAGGAGCUGGCAGAGAUAACCUUGGACCCGCCACCAAAUUGCAGUGCGGGUCCUAAAGGAGACAACAUCUAUGAGUGGAGGUCGACCAUCCUGGGCCCCCCAGGAUCCGUGUACGAGGGGGGCGUGUUUUUCCUGGACAUCGCCUUCACACCAGACUACCCCUUCAAACCACCGAAGGUGACGUUCCGCACGAGGAUCUACCACUGCAACAUCAACAGUCAGGGAGUAAUCUGCCUGGACAUUUUGAAGGACAACUGGAGCCCCGCCCUCACCAUCUCCAAGGUGCUGCUGUCCAUCUGCUCCCUGCUCACCGACUGCAACCCAGCUGACCCUCUGGUGGGAAGCAUCGCCACACAGUACCUGACCAAUAGACCUGAGCACGACAGGAUAGCCAAACAGUGGACCAAACGCUACGCCACAUAGACCAAGACCACUCCCCCGGAACCCCCGACAGACAGACAGACAGACACACACACACACACACACACACACACACACACACACACACACACACACACACACACACACACACACACACACACACACACACACACACACACACACACACACACACACACACCACUCACUCCUCUGAAGUCUAUGGAAGCACACCUACCCCCGUUAUCCACCCUGCCCCCACCCCUGAAGAAAUGAACUGUUAAUUGUUCCAUGCUGACUUGAAAAGCUUCUUUUUUAUACAAAGAGUCUAUUGGGAUUGUAUUUUCCAAUACACUGAAUGUUGAUAUGGUCAUGAAAAGCUUUAAUACUGUUAUUGUUCUUGUUGAUGUUGUUGUUCUUAUUGUUGAAGCGUUGUUUAUAACAUUGUUGCCACCCUUGUCGUUUUCUUUAUCGAAGAGUGUGCGUGUAUUAUUCCAGUUUCAUGUGAUGGAUUCAUGAACAGGUGAUCAGCCGGCGUGAGUGUAUUUAGUUUGUUUUAUUCCAGUGGUUCUCCAGCUCAUGGUCAAUUAUUAGUGCAUGGCAACAGGAUACAUGUUCAUGCAGUGGACACGAAAGUGGUUGUAUUCUUUCUGUCCCGGCAGAGUUCUGGCAUGGAGCAAGCCCUUCACAAUGUAUGAUAAUAGUGAUAGUUUGCUGUACAUUUAUUGCCUUGUGAGAAUACAUACUCAUUGAAUACUCAAUUAAACACUGGCCGUAAUGUGA